ACCCAGGAAGUGGAUGGUGCUGAGCUUCACUAGGACACGCCUCCACCCCCGCGCCGCGUCCUUCACUCGUAUCCCUCCCCAAGCUCCUCCAUCUGGCGCGCACCUCCCGUCCCCAUUGGCUCCCUCUUCGUCUCCACCUCUCUGUCUCUCUCUCUCUCUCCAUCUCUCCCCGCGCGCCCCUUUGGCCGAGGCGGAGAAGAGCGGAGCCGCCUCGCACCCGGUGCGGCACGAGGUGUGAGCUGUGACCCAGUGCACGAUGUCUGUGACUUACGAUGACUGCGCGGGCGUGGAGACAUCAAGCGAGAGCUUCUGGGAGGUGGGGAACUACAAGCGGACGGUGAGACGCAUCGACGACGGAUACCGGCUCUGCAACGACCUCAUGGCCUGCAUCCAGGAGCGGGCCAAGAUUGAGAAGGUCUACUCCCAGCAGCUCACCGACUGGACCAAGAAGUGGAAAACGCUGAUCGAGCGUGGCCCGCAGUACGGCUCCAUGGAGCGUGCGUGGCAGGCCCUGAUGACGGAGGCCGACAGGGUAAGUGACCUCCACCACGAGAUGAGAAACCAGAUCAACAACGAGGACCUGGAGAAAAUCAAGAACUGGCAGAAGGACACUUUCCACAAGCAGCUCAUCGGUGGCUUCAAGGAGACCAAGGAGGCGGAGGACGGCUUCCGGAAGGCGCAGAAGCCCUGGGCCAAGAAGCUCAAGGAGCUGGAGGUGCUCAAGAAGGCUUACCAUCUGGCGUGCAAGGAAGAGCGUUUGGCCGUGAGCCGCGAGACCUCCACCAAGAGCGACCCCGCCGCGCCGCCCGACCAGGCGAAGAAGCUCUCGGACAAAGUUGAGAAGUGUCGACAAGACACUCAGAAGGCAAAGGAGCGCUAUGAUAAGGGGCUGGAGGAGAUGGGCCGGCACACGCCACAGUACACGGAGAACAUGGAGGCCGUGUUCGAGACGUGUCAGCAGCUGGAGCUCAAGCGCCUCUCCUUCCUCAAGGAGGUGCUCAUGGACAUCCAGCGCCACCUCGACCUGUCCACCAAUUGCAGCUACGCUAACGUCUACCGGGAUUUCCGGCAGUCGAUUCUAACGGCGGACGAGCAGGACGACCUCAAGUGGUUCGCGGCAAAUCACGGCACCGGCAUGGCCACGAACUGGCCCGCGUUCGAGGAGUACUCGCCGGACGCUCCACAGACCACGAACCGCAAGGAGAAGGGGGGGCCACGCAAGAUGGCUGAGGGGGGGGUGGCACAGGGCGCCACGGAGUCGCCCAGCGCCCACGGAGGCUCGGCACGUCUCAGCGCGAGCACGAGCGAGGCAUCCGGCCCGGCGGACUGGUCCGAUGACGACACGCCGGUCGCAAGGGGGGGUUCUACUGGGGGACGCAGCAACGGGGAUAAGAACCCCUUCGAUGAGGCGGACGGGGGGUGCUCGGCCGGCUCCGGGAAUGGCGGGGGCCGAAUCCGUGCCCUCUACGACUACCAGGGCCAGGAGCAGGACGAGCUCAGCUUCAAAGCCGGCGACGAGCUGACCAAGCUGGAGGAGGAGGAUGAGCAGGGCUGGUGCAAGGGCCGCAUGGACGAUGGGACGGUCGGUCUCUUUCCUGCCAACUACGUGGAGGACAUCUGAAGCCCCUCCAAGCGACGCACGGACACCGCCGCGGUGGUGCCACGCCCAGUGGUGUCCGUGCCGGCGGCCCGCACGGAUCCAUGAGCUGGGCGUGCACAUGCUUAACUCGCAAAGCCCCGCGUGCAGUGUGUGUGCAGUGUGCGUGCGCGCGUGUGGACGUGCACGGAUGUAUACACUUGGAGUGCAUGUCCAUGCGUGGUUGUACGUACACGCUGACCUGAAGGGGAUAAACACGACCGUGAACAUGUACACACACCACACAUCUGUGCAAUGGAACAUACGCCCGCACGCACAGUGGCCGCACCACUGCCCCUUCCGUGCUGGUUUGUCCAGGACUUAAAUACUGCCAUAGUCACAGCCUAUUCACCUGUACAAAAUGUAGCUGAGGUAAUUUAAUAUCGGGUCGCUGAAAUCGAGGAGUUUAUUUGCCCAGUAGCUGGGAGGAGGCGCCGGACGUUGAGGCACCGCCGCUCGCUGUGCAGGCGACUCCGCACAUGCGGCCAACGUUGGAGCCCCCCCCUCCCCCCCCCCCCCCCGUUCUUCGUGUGCAUGAAUGGUGCGUGGCUUGUGACGUGUGCUGCAUGACGUCCAUGGUGCUUCUUGUCUCGAGCGUGCGCGCCGUGCGCACACCCUCUGCACUUCCAGUCCCGCGAGAUCCUAACCCCCUCGGGGAUAAAGGUGCAGCCGCUGCAACCACCGGCUCGCGCCCCUGCUGGCAGAAGGGGCCUCCGCCAGGGGAAGUUCCGCGUGGCGUGAGGUCCACCGAACCACGUCGACCAUACGUGGUGGAAGCGGUGGACGUACCAGCGCUCUGAUGACGCGCGGUGGGGAAAGCGACUUAGGAAUCGCGAGACGUGGGCGCGUGCCACCAGAUGGGUCCCCACACCCGCUCGUGAAGUACCACCCCUGCUCUCCGGCACGUCAUUCCUCCCUGCGGGUCCAUGCCUCCCAUUGUCAGGACCUCGGCGUAGCCCCCCGAAGUCGUGGACGUUCUGUUGGGGAUAGGCCAAGUGUCACGGGGAGCAGGGACACGGCCAACGUGGGUGCCAUCUGUGUCCACUCCCCGUGGCAGGUUUGGCUCUGGCUAAGAGACGACAGCCAUCCCUGCGGUUUGGGGCCUGCGCGUCUCCCUUUCACAAGGAGACACGAGCCCCGAUCGUCGUGGUGAUUGAACCGUUCAAUGCAGAGUAGCUCACGAGCAGCAGGCUCAACGCUCAAGUCAGCAGCAGUCGUUGUGAACCUUUGGUGCAACUCUUCUGAAGUACGACGACUCUUAUCCGUGACAAAGUGGGGUGGGGGGGGGGGGCGAACUUCGCAGAGCCUGUCCGUGAUCUUCCCAGGAACCGGCAGGGACCAUUCGCUUUGUAGGACGCUUCCAGCUUCCAAAGUGUGUGUCUGUGGCCUACAUAGGGACAUGGGACUAGGUUACACGGCAAAGGCCUCCGUCCAGCACAAGCAGAGAAAGUGGAUCCGGGCCUUAAACGCUGGAGGAGCAGCACAAAGCUUUGGUGGCACGAGCAGUAAAUACUCUGAACAUUGCUUGUGCUCACCUCCCUGGCUUUCCACAUUGACAUUGGGAAUUCCCGUCCGUGUCACAACCGGGAGGCCCUCAAGAGCAAGUGGGGAGGCGACGAGACAACUCUAUUCGCUGGCAAAAACCAACUUGCCGUACUGCACGAUUACGUUGACCCCACCCAACCUCCCCCCAAUAAUAAAUAGCGACACGCACAGCGGUGCCGCUCAAACAGCAGGAGGGCCCGACUCCCAUCGUGUCCUGCGUGCACGUCACGUGACCCCCACAUUGCAUGUGCAGUACCCGCUGCAUGUUGGGGUGGCCCCAUUGUUCAACUCUGAGUUACAGCCAUAUUGCUUUCAAUGGCAAUACACCCAAACAUGCAGCCCUUGAGUGGGUGGUCUGGGCAAGGCUGAGCGCAUUGCGCAUGCAAUGUGCUGGUCACGUGAUAUGCACGCAAGGCACUAUCGGAGUCGGGUGCUCCUACUGUUUGUAAACAACAUACCUUUGUGUUUAUAUAUUUAUAUAUAUAUUUGGUGAUGCAGCGUUAGCAGUAGUGCACAAGCACGUAUAGCAACACCCUAAAUGGUGAAUAAGACUGGCCUUAAAAUGAAUAAUACAACAUGCGACGUUUCAUGCAAUCGCCCUUAAUGGCACACAGAUAAAGAAGGAACGUCGCCUGUUGUGCAUAAUUUUUCCUUUCAAGACCAUGGCGUUAUGAACGCACGCGUUGGGUUCUGUGCUGUGUGGACGUUGUCGAACCGUUUCCAGCCCUCGCGCACCUUCCUGCUGCGAUGGGAUUUCCCAUCGUUUACCGACAGAAUGGCCGUGGUCGGCCGUGGGUGUAGGUUCGCGUUGCGUGUGUGGCGGUGACGCGCGGCCAAGGGGCCUCUGCCCUGGAAGCGCCUGUCGAAAACCGUUCCGUGCGCUUUCACCCUCCCAACACGUUUUAUUUGUUUUUCCAUGGAAAAGUCACUUACACUUUAGUCCAUGCGUGUAUGCAGCCGCACACUUCUCAGUGCCCAGUCCACACUCUUUGCUUCAGAGGCCGCUUCAUGGACGUGCGAUUUGCGUUCAGUUUCUGCAGCCGCUCUGGGCCGAGUCGGCGUCGGGGCAGAGGGGUGCACGACACUCCCUGCGGCUGGAAUAGGGAACUGGAUGGAAUAUACGGAGGUCACUGCUGUUUGCGUUCUCGUUCUAGCGUUAUUUAUUGAUAGUGAAUGUGCAAUGGGUUCGUGUUCGAUGGUCCCGGGUUGUUGUGGUUCUGGUUUUAGGGUUCUUGCCGUCGAGUUGGGUGGCCGGCGUCUGGCUACACGGGCAGUGAAGUGGCUCGCACUGUCGGGGUCGCAGACACUGCAGGAGUGGGAUUUGUGUUAUUGGCUAAGGGUUUGUGCAUUGGGGUCAUGGUUCGUGUGAUGAAGUUCACGUCUUAGGUUCAGGGCUUGUUCUAGGGUCGGGGUUUGUUAUCGUGUGAGGAUUCAAGUUUUGGGAUUUCGUAAGUCGGGCAGGGCAUUCUCAAUUAGAAAUCUUCUCAUUGUGACGACCAUUCUGACCCGCCAGAGUGUGGUGAGCAUGAGAGUGUUCCACUGAACUGUGCUCGUCUCUUCCACAACCCCAUGGCGACAUUUUCUCUGUGACCGUCUGUGGUCCCGGUCACCUCGACCCCCCCCCCCCCCCCCCCCCCCCCCCCCCGUGCAGCCGUGCUCUGUAGUUCGUGAUCACCGUAGAUUGAAGCAACACGUCGAGUAGUUACGUGAGUAAUGCCAUAGACUCGUCCAUGUGCUUGGUUUUUGCUGUAACUUUACCAUUAAAUCUAUAAGAAAUGUGAUAAAUGAAUAUAAAAUACAAUUUCUUGAGUAUAUUAAAGUGAUAAAUGAGAGAUGA